AUGUCUAGAGGUCGCGAGUAUAUCGGUCAAUUACAUUUAAGUAAUAGAGACGAAAUUAGUUGUAAUGGAAUAAUAAGGUUAGAUAGACAGAGUAACGGUAAUGCAAACAAAGGUUGUAGUUUGCAUUCUUAUGCAUUGGUAUUUUCCAUCUUAUGGGAUUCAAUUUCCGGUGGCAAACUGACAUAUGAGUCGUCUGAUCUCAAAAAAACUCUUAUUUUUAAACCAUAUCCCGUGGACAAGACAAAUGUGACCGAUAAUGUCGAAUAUGAUAGUGCCUGA